AAAGAUCCAAUUCAAAGACGCAAAAAACUGGAGAUAGUGUUGGGCUUCUUGCGAUGAUUCGCAGAUUCCAAACAAACAUUGUAAAGUCAAAAGUCCAUAAAAAUCCGACAGUCGUCAGCAGUCUCCAGCACACAGCUGCUUGUCGUCCUCUCUCCACGCUCGCACUGUCGACCAAUCCUCCGACACGAGCAAUUGAGCUCAAAUCACAAGCCCUUCAUCCGACGAAGCACAUCCUACGGUGUCCACAGACGGUUUGGUCUCAUUUGAUUCUUGAACCCACCAUGCUUCGCCCCUCUGCUUGAUGUCCAUACCUUUCACUCGUUCUCCUCGUCAAUCUUGGUCUGAUUGCGGUUUCCGCGUCCGGAGAUGGGUUCUGUUCCGGGCAAUAUAUUGUUAGCCCCGUGUCGGAAUCCGACCCUCAUAUGUACUGGAAGGUCACCAAUCCCACGCUCUCUCCAUCUCACCUUCAAGACCUGCCAGGUUUCACACGAAGCGUUUACCGGAGUGACCAUGCUCUUAUAACACCAGAAAGUCAUGUUUGGAGCCCUCUACCUGAUUGGACCUACACAUUGGGUGCAUUCUUAAUAACUCCAGCUAUGGGUUCGCAUUUCGUCAUGUACUUAGCAAGGAUGGCAGAGAAUUCAAGAUCAGGACUCCCCACUAAUGACAUUGAGAGGUUCAUCUUUGUGGUUCAGGGAACAGCCACCCUGACUAAUGCAGCCGGCAGAAGCCGUAAGUUGGAGGUGGAUUCAUAUGCUUAUCUACCCCCAAAUUUUGAGCAUUCAAUCGCGUGUGAUUCAUCCGCUACUUUGAUCGUUUUUGAAAGAAGGUAUGCCUAUCUGAAUGAUCAUAAACCCGAGGAGAUUGUCGGCUCGACAGACAAGCAGCCGCUUCUUGAAACUCCAGGAGAGGUUUUUGAACUCCGGAAGCUGCUCCCCACAUCUUUGGCGUAUGACUUUAAUAUUCACAUUAUGGAUUUUCAACCUGGAGAAUAUCUAAAUGUUAAGGAGGUCCACUAUAAUCAGCACGGCCUCCUCCUUUUGGAAGGACAGGGCAUUUAUCGACUAGGGGAGAGCUGGUACCCAGUUCAGGCAGGAGACGUGAUUUGGAUGGCUCCAUUUGUGCCUCAGUGGUAUGCUGCUCUGGGCAAGACGAGGAGUCGAUAUCUGCUGUACAAAGAUGUGAACAGGAAUCCUCUUUAGAUUGAUCUGAUCCCUGAGAAAGAACUGGUCCACUCCUUGAAUCAUAAUUUAACGCUAAUUGAGUACAGGCAUCUUAUGUUGAUCAUAUUGCUUUAAGGAUCCCAUAAUGUGUUGACUUUUAAGGUUUAAUGGAUGCUUCUUGAUAACCGAGCAUCUAUAUGUUUUUCUUCUCAGUGGAUGUUCUAUUUAUCACAGUCCUAUGGAAUUUCGCUUUAA